AUGGCGAGAACUUCGUGGUUGUCACUCCUUUUCCUGUGCCUAAUCCAAUGGGUCGAUGCUCGUAAGCAUCACAAAGUGAAGCCUAUCACCACCCGUUCAAGUGUUUCCUCUACCACGACCACUGUGCCUUCGGCGGGACCCACGUCCAGUUCAAUCAACGAUUUUUGCCCGGACUAUUUCAAAACCUGUGACUCGGGUCUAAUUCUUACUUAUGGGCCAGGAUGCUACCCCAGUGGCUCUCCUGAACCGCCUUACACCGAGCCCCCAUGCCCCGAAGCAACAUCCACUCUAGAUACUGCGGUGUCGAGCACUAUGGAAGUUUCACCGACCAUUACUCCGGUUCCUUCGACUUUUACCUCUUCGGAGAUACCAUCGAUUCCCGUACCAUCUCAAGGCGGCAGUGGCACGGUGACUAUCACAGUCACGACCACCCCAUCUGUCGCAGUGGUCACAUCUCUAGUCACAGAAAUGGUCACCGUCUCCGUGUCACAGACGGUUACAGCUUCCGCACCAGUAGCCACGCGAGUACCACGCUUUGGACAAUGUGCAGGUGCUAAUUACCGCGGACUUACUGUGUGUGAGGCGCCAUACCAGUGCAAGUACGUGACAAACUGGUUCUCCUACUGCCAGUAG